AUGAUCUUCACAUUCCACCUGAAGUCCUGCCUUCCCUCUGCCUUAAGGAGUUUGAUUCUACAAAAGAAACCAAACACCAGAAACAUGUCCAACAUGAGUAGGGGGCUCUAGCCAGCCAGUGUGGUGGUCCUGCCCAGGCCCCUUGCUCUGGCCUUUGAAAAGUUCUGCCAAGCCAACAGUGGCCCUCUGCUGCUGCUGGGCCAAAGCGAGCCAGACAAGUGGACAUUGCCCACCCUGGCCCAUUCUAGGCACCAGGGAAAACACCUGAGUUCCAGGGUUAAGGCUUGGGAGUGGCCAGAUGCUGUAGCCAGCGUGUACACGGGUAGCCUGCUCUCACUGUCCUCGGAGCAGCUGAAGGACAUGGUGACCUUCCUCCUGGUGGCAGCUUCUCCCUGGGAGCGGAGGGGCUCCCCGCAUACAAGAUGCAGAAACGGAGGCUCGAGAGAGAAAGGAACUUGCCCAAAUCCCAAAGCCAGGCUGGAACCCAGGACUCCUGGCUCCCAUCUGCGAAAUGCCCAGAGUGGAGGUGUGACGAUUACCAAGAUGCUUGGCACAGAGGUGUCCAUCGCUACCCACGGGAAGUGCUUGGCAGAGCAUGGCUUAGCCACACCUCAGACAGCUGUGUCUUGUGCCAUCAUCGCUGGCUUUUGCUGCCCUCUUGUGAUCACAAUGAUGCCCGCUCCCAAGGACAAGCUGGGAAGGCUGGUGCAGGCCACUUGGUCCAUGGGGGGUGAGCAAGGACAACCCAUUCACAGUGGCAACCCAGAACUGCUGGGCAUCAAAGAUCUUUCCAAACCUGACUGCGGGGAGGUUGUGGUGUGUCAGUCUGGGCUUGUUCCAGUGUUCUGGCCUUCUCUGCUGACCAGUCUUGAAGCUGUCGGCAGCUGCAGACCCCACUGGCUUUCACCCGCGCGCCAAGGUUGCACAGUUACGACCGACCUGAAGGGUACAGCAACUCCAGCCAGACAUCUCACCCCUGAGGGAAUUCCAGAGAUCCACCGCGUUUCCCAGGAUCCUUUGCACCACAGCAUGGCAUCAGCUUCAGCCAUUCAGAGAAUCAGCGAACUGAAGGUGAUAAGUGCCAUCGACCCAGGUAACAAACCAGCAGUGGGGAGAUUGGUGAACUGUCCAGGUGAGCUGCUGCAGGCUUCCCAGGCACGAUCCCACGUCCAUUCUGUGCUCCUCACCACCGCCUUCCUGCAGGCCUUGGAGAGGGGGGCCUCCAUGGUCGUCGACCAGAGAGCCUUGAGUUUGCACAAGGAGCUUGUUGAUGAGGUUGCCAAGCAGGGCGUUCUAAAGAGGUCGAUCUAAAUAUUAACUUACCAGGGCAGAUCAGUAGGAGAUGAUCAGGCAUUUCUGUGCAGAGACGGGGACCCCAAGUCACCCAGGUUUGACCAUCUGGUGGCUUUUGAGCAUGCAGAAAAGGCUGACUACUACAAUGCGAGGAAGAGGAACGUCGAGCACGUGGGGGACCCUAUUGAUGACCUUUUCCUUAGGGCACACAAGAUUCCUGGAAUCUCGUCAACUGGAGUCAGUUACAAAGGCAACAAGCUUGGGAUGGACAAAGUCAAGGAGGCCAUGAAGAGGUACAUACGAAAUGGGGACAUCCUCACCUGUGACAUGGAGGCUGACUUUGCAGUCAUCGCGGCUAAGUGCUCAGAUGGUGACUCUGACUGGGGAGGUGAUUAUGCCUACCUGUACUUCCUGAACUUGUGUGGGGUCCACAGGCGUUACCUGAGGAAAGUGACUUGGCGCUUCAGACCACCUGGGGAACAGAACUGGACCCAGGCCCUCCCAUCUGUCACUAAGGAAGAAAAACUGCUGGGCCUUCUGGUGCAGCAUGGAGUCUGGAACAGACUCUCAGGCACCCUGGGCACAGAGGUGUAGAGGCUGCUCUUCCAUGGCACUCAUGCCCAGAUGAGCCAGAAACUGAUGGGCAUCACCAUGCCCAUUACAGAUGUGGGAGUUGGGUCGGUGGUCCCACCUCAGCUCUAA